AUGAAGAAAGCAGAAACAGAGAGCUUAUCUAGUUCAUAUAGUUCAGAUGAAACGCCUCCUCUUCCAGAUGAACCUAUUCCUGAGACUUUUCCUGCUUUAAACAGUCAAAAUCCUAUUAUUAAUGAAUACGUUUCAGUUGAAGCACCAAAUUCCUCUGGAUCUCCUUCAUUUUUAUCUGAGAAGUCAAAUACAGAUUUUUUAAAUAGUACAAAAGACUCUAUUUCCCCUGAUGAUGGCUGGAAUGCAGUUUUAGAUCCAAAAACACAGACGUAUUAUUUUUGGAAUUCAAAAACAAAUGAAACUACAUGGAAAAAUCCACGUAUACCAGAUAACUCUUCAGAAACAUCUAUGAAAAUGGAUAUACAAUCCAAAAAUGUAUCUUAUCCUUCUUAUCCUUACAAAGAGUAUGUUUUUACCGCUCGGUUUAAUCGUCUAACGGGUAAAUGGCAAAAUGAUCCGAAUAAAAUACCAGAAAACUUUACUGAAGAUGCAAGAGCACUACGGCAACAAUCUUUUUAUUUUGAUGUUGAGGCAACUGCUGCAGCACAUGAUGGACGUAGCUUUCGUGCAGAGAGACAGCAAAAAAGACUUACAAAAAAAGAACUUGCAAACUAUAAGAAGCAAAAUCGGCAAAAGAAAGAACAGCGGAAAAGAGAAUGGCUCCUAGAAGAUUGA